AUUAAACAUUAGCACAAGUGCUUCAAGCCCGAUUGCGGUUUUAAUGGGUUUGUUGCCAAGAAAUGAGUUUAAGCAACGAUUUGGCAUCACAGUUGCAUUUCUUGCCACUCACAGUGGUUUAACCAGAUGGCAAGAAUUUCAUUCAAAUAAUGCUGAUGAAGUUGGGGCGGGUGAAUCAUUUAGUGAAAGAAAUAAACAUUCGAUUGAUGAAAUUUGGUACAAACGUGCAGUAGAUCAACAUUUUGUCCGGGAAGAAAGUUUCGUGUAUUCAGUGCCAUUUGAUGCUGGAGACUCAGGUGGAGAAACCAUUGUAACUGCUAGUCACGCUAUUUUUCAUACCGAAGGUGGUAAAUCGGCUCCAGCCGCUGUGGUUGGCUUUCAAUUUCAACAUACAGCCCUAUUGAAACUCUUCCGUAAUAUAACAGGCAAUGCUUGCGCAAUGGACGAUAAAGGUUGCUAUAUAUUAGACAAUAAUGGUUUUGUCAUUAUAUCACCGCAUCGUCAAGAGACUGGAAAAUUUUUUGGUGAAAUCAAUGGUUAUAUUAUGCACCGCUUGGUUGAAGAAAGAGUGUAUAAACGUGUUACUGUUUACGACUAUCAAGCGAUUUGUUUUCAAUCGAAUGGAGACAACAAUUCUUCCAAUUACUUAUUUUCGCCCUUACUCCAUGUGCUACGCAUAGUUAAAUGGCUGCUUUAUACUUUAUUGUGGUAUAUUGUACAAAUGCAUGCGGUAACUGCUGAGUUUAUAGAGCAAUAUACGGAUGAAAAUUUGACCUUUUACCAACCUAGUACGAAAAACACCGAAUGGUUAAAAUCAGUAACAUUGCAGCGCACACGGCUCAAAUCAUGCGAUAUGCAACGUCUGUUAUAUACAUUGUACAAUGACAAGGAUAAUGUAGUCUAUAAUAUAACAGCACAUGCAUGUGUCAGGCCCUUUGUUGUGUUGCCUAUACCAGCGAGUAAUCUAAUAUUACUCGUCAUCGAUCAGGUGUGCCCUAAGGAAUAUACGAUGGAGUUGACCGUAAAUCCCAUCGACAUUAAUUAUCAAUUAGAGGGAAAUGAUACAUUAGCAUGCUAUAAGCAUGAUCGUGAGUUCACAAGAGUACGUCCUGUAAGUUGUAUUAACAGGCAUGUUAAUGAAAGUUCUAUCGAAUUGUGCGGCAAUGCUGGAAGUAUUUUCGCAAAUAUCUUAUUACUACUUAUUUGCUUUAUUGUUAAUCAAUUUCUUUAACAAUAAUUUAAACAGAUUAAGGUUUAAACGUUUUUGUAAUUAUAAAAUAUUUAUUGUAUAUUAAAUUAGUAUUUAUGCUUAUGGUUUUUCAUAGAUUUUAAUGGGUAAAUUG